UCCCGUGCGCCUCCCGGAAGUUGCCAGCCUGGAGCUGAACGCGGUUCCUCGCCGGGCUUGGUUAUAGUCUCCUGGGGAGAGGUCCGGGCGGGGAGAGAGCGUCCGGGCCCGGGCUGGAUCCCGACAUUCACAUGCGCGGCGCGGAGCGGAGCGAGACCUAGUGACGAUGGCAGGGCCGCAGCCCUUGGCGUUGCAGCUGGAACAAUUGUUGAACCCGCGACCGCGCGAGGCGGAUCCUGAGGCCGACCCGGAGGAGGCCACUGCUGCCAGAGUGAUUGACAGGUUUGAUGAAGGGGAAGAUGGGGAAGGUGACUUCCUGGCUGUGGGUAGCAUUAGAAAACUGGCAUCAGCCUCCCUCUUGGACACAGAUAAAAGAUAUUCCGGCAGGACAACCUCUAGAAAAGCUUGGAAGGACGAUCAUUGGGAGCAUCCACUGUCAGGUUCAUCUGACAAGGAAAUAUCUGAUGAAGAGUCUGGAGAUGGUGAUUCAGAGGGACUGGGUAUGGAGGAAUUCGAUGAGGCUGCCAUGAGUGCUGAGGAAGAGGAGUGUAGUAGUAAUAGGGACAGUAGUCUGGCCUGGAGGAAGGGGAGCACAGUCCACUCUGGGAAGGCGCCAGGCUUCAGUGUCCAGAACAUCAAAGACUUUGAAAAAUUUACCGAGGGAAUGGAUGACCUCGGUAGCAGUGAGGAGGAGGAAGACGAAGAAGAGGAGAGUGGCAUGGAAGAAGGGGAUGGUGAGGAAGACUUCGAGGGUGAGAGUGAGGAAGAUAGGGCUGAAGACAGGAACAGUGAAGAUGAUGGUGUGGUGAUGACCUUCUCCAGCGUCAAAGUUUCCGAGGAAGUGGAAAAAGGCAGAGCCGUGAAGAAUCAGAUAGCAUUGUGGGACCAGCUCUUGGAAGGAAGGAUCAAACUACAAAAAGCUCUGUUGACUACCAAUCAGCUUCCUCAACCAGAUGUUUUCCCUAUUUUCAAGGACAAAGGUGGCCCAGAAUUUGCCAGCGCCCUAAAAAAUAGUCACAAGGCACUUAAAGCAUUGUUGAGGUCAUUGGUAGAUCUUCAGGAAGAGCUGCUUUUCCAGUACCCAGACACUAGAUAUCUAGUAGGUGGAACAAAGCCCAAACCGGAUAGUGAGGAAGAGAUUUCCAGUGAAGAUGAAGAGCUAGUAGAAGAGAAGAAGAAGCAGAGAAAGCCCCCACCAAAGAGGAAGCUGGAGAUGGAUGACUAUCCCAGCUUCAUGGCAAAGCGCUUUGCUGACUUUACAGUCUAUAGGAACCGCAUACUUCAGAAGUGGCAUGAUAAAACGAAGCUGGCUUCCGGAAAACUUGGGAAGGGUUUUGGUGCCUUUGAACGCUCAAUCUUGACACAGAUCGAUCAUAUUCUGAUGGAUAAAGAAAGAUUACUUCGAAGGACACAGACCAAGCGCUCUAUAUACCGAGUUCUUGGCAAACCUGAACCAGUAGCGCCGCCUGUCCCAGAAAGUUUGCCAGGACAGCCGGAGAUCCUUCCUGAAGCCCCUGCCAACGCCCACCUCAAGGACUUGGAUGAAGAAAUCUUUGAUGAUGAUGACUUUUACCACCAGCUUCUUCGAGAACUCAUAGAACGGAAGACCAGCUCAUUGGAUCCCAAUGAUCAGGUGGCCAUGGGAAGGCAGUGGCUUGCAAUCCAGAAGUUACGAAGCAAAAUUCACAAGAAAGUGGAUAGGAAAGCCAGCAAAGGAAGGAAACUUCGGUUUCAUGUCCUUAGCAAGCUACUGAGCUUCAUGGCACCUAUUGACCAUACUACAAUGAAUGAUGAUGCCAGGAAGCUGUAGUGAUGCCUUUCUUCUGCCUGCAGUAAAACUAGGAACCAUAAACCCUACUAUUUCCUACAAUAGGACUGUCCCGGGGGCUCAGACAGAAUCCCAUAACUUACGGUAGCAGAUUUCUCUGAGGGCAAAAAAAAGAAUGACAUUGCUCAGUUAUGUAAUGUCACAGUUGUCUUCAAAUUUUCUGUCCCAGAAUCUGUUUUUUGUUUUGUUUUUUUUUCAGGAUAAAGAUUAAAACAAAUUCUCUGGGAAAAAAGAACACACAGCAUGGCUAAUAGAUGCCUAUCACUAAAUGUCUUUUCCUACCAGUAGCCACAAUAAGGAUUAGAGGGUCACUUCUUGGUGCAAAGCCAGGGUCUAGACUCAGCCAGUCUUUGCACUUGAGAGACAGAGCACACACUAUCUAUCACUGUUUGAGGGACCAACAAAAAGUGAUGGUUUUAAGGCUUUAAGCCCAAACACGGAACAGAUUCUAUGUCAGCCCUUCAGCGGCAGCAGAGAUGGCUUUUGAACAUUGCAACACUUUCUUCUCUCAAGGGCACUGCAGAUUUUAUCACCCGCCCCACACUAAACUAGGUCCUGCUGAGCCUGCAGAAUAUGGAAGGAGGUUUCAAAGCCACAUUACAGGAUCACCCGCCCUUCUCUCCUCUCCUCGGCUGUCCUGGCCUGAGAGCUCAGGGAAAGCUGUCUUUUGUACAAGCCUCAGUUCUUGGGUUUAGUUGGCUCCCAGUGCCUCAGGCAGCCUCUUCCUGAGCCAUGGAGCUGGGAUGUCCUCAGCACUUGAUUUCCAGCCAGGAAAUCUAUGUACACACAAUCA